GUCGCGGGAUUUUCGAGGAUUAAUAUACCUUCUUAUGAUGGAUCGGUCACGCAACAAGUGCGCGACAGGGAGGGCGCAGUGGACUUGGAAAUUUCCAGGAUUGCGUCUCCGGCAGGUUCGACCCGGCCGAGGUUCGAAUCAGUGCAGUUUGAAGAAUUGGUCGCUGCAAACAAGAAGUUGCGAGAAGAAUUGCAACUCGCAAUGGACAUGCAAGUAAAGUAUGAAGCUUUCGUCAAGGAAGUGAUGUUUCGUAAGGAAAGAGAGCUCGUCGAGACAAAACAGGAAAUCUCUGUCCUUAGGGAAGAAAAUAGAAAAAUGUUCGAGGAAAUGAUGCAACGGUUCAGAUUAAAUGAAUCAGGAGCAGUUCAAUACCUUCCGAUCAAGGAACCAAGAGGGGCUGAUGCAACAUGCAAGCAAAAUAAUACGAGCAUGUCGAACGACAUGUCAAGUCAGCAUGUCAAGCAGCAGUCUUCCCUAGUGAAGUUUCAUUCCAAGGAUAUUUCUCGAUUUAAUGGAGAAAUGACUCUAGAAUAUUCCGUUGCAAGUUGGUUUGGGGAGCUUGAGUUUCAAUUCCAGCGUCAAAGAAUUCCUCCAGAUCAAAAGGUUGACAUCGCUGCAACAUUAGUUGGUAAUCGUGUGAGGAAUUGGUUGCAAACAUUGCGUGGCGAGGAUAGAUUAAUUUCCACACAAGGUACUUGGGAAUCAUUCAAAUCGUUGCUGGUGAAGGAGUAUUUGUCGUUGUCGCACUUGCAGUAUAUUUUGGGUGAGAUUCAAUGUACGAUACAAGGGUCAGAGGAAAAGACUUCGGAUUUUGUCAACAGGUUUUCAGCUUUAGCAAAUCAUUUUAUUGCUUGUUGCAUGGUGUUAUUUCAUGGACAAGGACAAGUCGAGACAGCUUGCACGAGGUUUGGUCUUGAACGGUAUUUCGCACAGAAUUUGUUCAACGAGGUGACCGCGAGUUUCGUCAUGAAGUUGUUAAUUGACUUGGAAAAGCAAAACGUGAACAAGACUUUGAGUAUUGGGAGUUUAUUGCCAGCAUUGUAUCGAGAAGCUAAGUCCAUGGAUUUGACAACCGAUGCGUAUAGGAAUGACAGGUCAACGCAUCAUGAGGUUUCGUACGAUGAUGAGUCAGUGGAGGAUACCGACGAAGAUUCUCAGCAUUCAUCUUCGACUCAGGAUGAGCAGGACUUACGUGAAUAA